AUGGGGCAAGUCUCAGAACCAACUGACAAGAACUUCAAGAACUUCAAGAACCAUUUGAUAAAGAACAUAACUUCUCAGGAAUCCUUAAAAACUAGAAUUGAGGAUGAAAAUAGUGAUGUCACCAAUCCGACAGAGGAUAACUAUUCCCUAUUUAAUAAAACAGGGGCAUUGACGGACGGUGGAAUUACUGCUGAAGAAGGAUGUUUAUGCUCACAUGAAGAAGAGGAUUCACCUUCACGUUCAGAAGAAGAUUCAGAAGAAGAUUCAGAAGAAGCUGAAAAAGAAGCUGAAAAAGAAGCUGAAAAAGAAGCUGAAAAAGAAUCUGCAAGGGCCUUUAGCGAGCUAGUUGCAGUCCUGCAGGACAAAGACAUACCACUAGGUGUAUUAGACGAACCUCAGGUAAAAGACUGGCUUGAAAAAUACACUGGCGUCUAUAGAAGCUCUUGGCAUAGGUAA